UGCAAAGCAAAGCCGCUUCUCUUACGUGUGCCAUUCAUUCCUCGUAAAAAUUUGGUUGCGAUCUUGUUUUAAAGAUUUUCCUAGCAGAUUGUUACAAAUUUGCACCAUGCUGGAGGGCCUGCAGGCGAGUGAGCUGACGCUCUACUCGAUUUUGAUUUUCCUGUUUUUGGAAAAUCUGGUCAAUCUGUACCUGACCCGGCGGCAGAUUUUCGUGUACGAAACGAGCAAGGACAUUCCGGCGGAGCUGCGCGAUGUGAUGAAGAAGGAAACGUUCGAGAAGGCCCGCCUGUACGGGCUGGACAAGGCCAAUUACGAGGUGUUCAAGCUGCUUGUGUGCGACAUUGCCAUUUCUUCGAUCGAGCUUUAUACUGGAUUUGUGGCCAUGGUUUGGAUGCGGGCUAUGGAGGUGACUGCUAGAGUUGGGUUGGACAACGGAAGCGAGAUCCAGGUCAGCAUCGUGUUUUUGCUGCUGAUCAACAUCAUCGGGACGUUUAAGGAUAUGCCGUUCAAGAUCUACUCGACGUUCGUGCUCGAGGAGAAGCACGGCUUCAACAAGCAGACUCCGGCGUUCUUCAUCAAGGACCAGAUCAAGUCGUUCCUGGUUGGGCAGAUGCUGUCGAUUCCGAUUGUGGCGGCGAUCGUGUACAUUGUGCAGAUCGGUGGCAACUACUUCUUCGUCUGGCUGUGGGCAUUUGUCGGCGUUGUUUCGCUUGUCCUCAUGAUGGUCUAUCCGGUUUACAUUGCUCCACUGUUUGACAAGUUCCGUGCGCUGGAGGACGGCGAACUCAAGAGCAGUAUCGAGCAGCUUGCGGCUUCGUUGAAGUUCCCGCUGGGCAAACUUUUCGUCGUGGAAGGUUCCAAGCGAUCGGCACACAGCAACGCGUACUUCACCGGUUUGUUUGGAGCUAAGCGAAUCGUCCUGUUCGACACGCUCCUGCUGAACAAAGGCCUGCCUGAUGAUUCGACCCUGACCGACGACGAGAAAGGAAAGGGCUGCGAAAACAAGGAAGUUCUGGCCGUCCUCGCCCACGAACUUGGCCACUGGAAGCUCGGCCACAUCCGGAAGAACAUCAUCAUCAUGCAGGUGCAAAUGUUCCUCAUCUUCAUGGCCUUCUCGCAGCUCUUCAAGUAUUCCCCACUCUACCAAGCCGUCGGAUUCCCGCCCAACGUUCAACCCAUCCUGAUCGGUUUCCUCGUGAUCGUCAUGUAUGUCCUCGCGCCGUACAACACCGUCAUUUCGUUCGCCAUGACCAUCCUAUCGCGUCGCUUUGAGUACCAAGCGGAUGAGUUCGCCAACAGCCUGGGUUAUUCGAAGGAACUGGGCAAGGCCCUCGUCAAGCUGCACAUCGACAAUCUGGGUUUCCCCAUCUACGACUGGAUGUACUCGGCCUGGAACCAUUCCCAUCCGACGCUGCUGCAGCGGCUGGAACGCUUGAAAAGACUCCAGAAGAAGGAGAAAUAAGCGGCGAGAGUAAGAUUGGAGUGCAAGUGGGAUCUAGUCUCGGGGCUGGUCGGAAGCGGGGCGUGAGCGUUGAGAGCAACUUACAAACAGAAUUGUCACAAAUAUUGAAUAAUCUACAGUAAUUCAUUUUUAACUAUCAGAACUGGAUAGCUUAAGAUUAAGCCUAGUUGUAGUAAUAAAGCAUGCUGUCAUCAUUCUGCUAUUUAUCAUUAAA